CUUUAUAAUCAUAUUGAAAAUAUUUUAUUUUCAACAGAAGAGAUUUGCCUUACCACCAGCGAGUUCAAAAUGAAUCUGAUUGUUCUGUUAGCUGAAGCUGUGCUGUUAAUUAUAAUCUUAUGUAUAAAAUUGGAUAUCGUUGAUUACAUUAGGAAUGCGUACUAUUUAAAUAAGCUUCCAGGGCCUCCAAUGUUACCAAUCAUUGGAUGGACAUUCAAAUUGGCAUUUAUGAAAAUUGAAGAUCUUAUCAAUUUCUUAGUCUCGUACAUAGGUAAUAAAUAUCAUGUUGCUAAAUGUUGGAUUGCUGGCACACCUGUUGUUAUCCUGCUUGAUCCUGAAGACUUGGAAAAAUUACUUGGAAGUAUGCAAUACAUUACAAAAGGGACACAUUACAACCAUGUGAAGACUUGGCUCAAUGAAGGCCUGCUGACGAGUUCAGGUGAAAAAUGGCACAGCAGGAGAAAAACCUUGACACCGACGUUUCACUUUAAAAUACUUGAAGAUUCUUUACUGACCAUGAACAAAGGGGCAAAGAUAUUUGCAAAGAAGUUGCUUGAGCUCAACGGCGAAAAGACACAAAUAGCAAAAUUGGUAAACCUGUGCACACUUGACAUCGUAAGCGAGAGUGCAAUGGGUGUAAAUUUAGAAGCUCAGCAUAACAAAUCAUCUCAGUAUGUCAGUGAUAUUGCAGAAAUCAGUGAAAUAAUAAUGAAAAGGAUUCUUUGUUUCUGGCUCUACAAGGAUUUCACAUUUUACUUGACACCAACUGGUUUCAGAUUUAAAAAAGUCCUACAACGGCUCCACACAUUCACCCAGAAUGUGAUAACUGAAAGAAAAGAAAUACACGAGAAAGAAAUUACUUCAGGACUGAGUGCACAUCAACUCAAGAAGAGGAAGGCAUUUUUGGACUGCCUAAUUGAGCUAGAAAUAAAUAAUCCUGGCAUAUUCACAGAGGAAGACAUGAGAGAAGAGGUCGACACAUUUUUAUUUGAGGGCCAUGACACAACUUCUGCAGCAAUUGUUCAUGCUAUGAUGUUUGUGGGUUCCAAUCCUGAAGUUCAGGAAAGGCUUUCCUUAGAAAUGGAAGAGAUUUUUGGUGAUUCAGAUAGAGAUGUAACAUAUAGUGAUCUUCAAAAAAUGCAUUAUCUCGAAAAUGUUAUCAAAGAGACUCUUAGGUUUUUACCUAGUGUACCAAUAUUUACAAGAAUUUUAACACAAGAUUAUAUAACAACCAAGGGUUUUUUGGUUCCACGGUCUACAAACAUUUUGAUAUGUCCCUUAGCUGUGCAUUUUGCAGAACAUAUCUAUCACAAUGCUACCAAAUUUGAUCCUGACAGAUUUAAUGAGGAGAAUGUCAGAAAGCGUCACCCAUUUGCCUACAUCCCGUUCAGUGCAGGCCCUAGAAAUUGCAUAGGUCAAAAGUUUGCCAUGAUGGAGAUGAAAGUGGUCCUCUCGACGGCAAUCAGAUACAACUACUUUCAUUCGCACAGCACUUUUGAAAAUACAAAAUUUUCCCCUUUGCUCAUUGUCAGAGCCCAUAAACCAAUAAUAAUGCAUUUUACUCCAAGAAAGUUGGGAAAAAUUAAUGCAUAAUUUUUUUGAAAUUUUUGUACAAAUUCUUUUUUAUUUAUACAAUAAAAGCAUUACUGUAAAAAUAAAAUAUUCCACUAUGUUAAUAAUAGUAUUGUAAAUAUAUGCAUUUUAUUUGUA